AUGAGCCAUCGUCAGCUGAUCUCAGCCAAUGGCGGCGGCGGGCCAUAUGACGGCUCAUCUACUGAUGCCGAUGGGAGCACCGACCCAGAGAGCGAGGACGAGGAGACCAUCGACCACACGCUGGUGAAUCUGAAGCAACCACGUCACAUGCCCAGUGGAUGCAGACCGCCCAUGACGGCGGCGUGCUGCUGCCACAUGUGCUACGUUUGCCAGUUUUUGAUCUUUAUGGUGGUCUUUCCUCUUUGGACGAAGCUCAGUUGCAAAGCGGAAAUCAUGUCCAGGUAUUGGCACGAGCAGUACCCCAAGUGGCCCGCGAUCGCGGCGGUGGGGGGGCAGAAUUUGGCCGAAAAGUCCGCGGCGAGUAUGCCGAUUGAGAUGUCCCCCAUCCCGCAGGCGUCCGAUAGCUGCAACUACUCGUGUUCCUCUUGGCGCGGCUACCGCACCAACGAGAUGAACUUCCGAGUGAGCCUCACCUUGAACGACUCCCAGCUGGCCAAGGGCUAUGUCCACACGGUGUAUCCGGUGCUACUGGCCUCCGCAGACUUCAAUGACUGGUGGGUGGUGGCGGACCGCCGCCAUGCCUACCCGCAGCCCUUCUGGCGCGCCAGGACGGACAAAGCGGGGCAUGCGUACACCUACUCCACGCAAACUUGCGUUGCACCUCCUGAAGAUCCGGCAGCCACGAGCUCAUCCCACUCGGGUCAGUACGUGCUGGCCUGCGUGGUGUGGAACCCAGAGAGCUUUGCACAGCUCGAGAAGAAGACGCAGUUGGAAGAUUCGGACAUUGGGGAGUAUUGCGCUUCGGCGGGAGGGGUCUGUGGCUGGACCUGCGACUCGGUGAUCAGCUCCAACUUGUUGGAGGGUUGCACCGCGGACAGCACCAUCCAGAUGACGCCCUCCUCAGUUGCUGGCAGGGAGAUUCCGGGUGCUGACUUCAAAGGAUCGGUGGACAUGCGGCAGUGCUUGGAGGGCGCCAUGCCGGGGACGUGUGACACUGCCACUGAGAAGUUCAAGCAGUGGAAGUGCCACAAAUGCUUGUAUGACCCGCGUUCGGAGGAUGACAUGCGGCGAUUGCAGGGCAUCCCGGGCAUCGGUGGGAUUCCUGGCAUUGGAGGCGGGAUUCCCGGUCUGGACCCAGAUCCUGACACACCGAGCGGCAUUGGUGGCAUUCCUGGCAUUGGAGGUGGUGAGCUUCCUAUUGGAGGAGGUGGCAGUGCAUCAGGCAAGGGACCAAUGAUCUAUGAAUCUUUGCCGCGGUUCAAGGUCACAGUUGCUGGCGCCACAGCACCGACUGGGACAGAAGUCUUCAGCCAGCCACGGGUCUUCAUCCUCCAGUCAUCUCGUGCCACACGGGGCACUUGGACGAAGUUGUACAAGAACGACUAUGGCAUGACUGAUCCUCCCAUUGCCGUGGGCAAUGAUGGCAAGCCUUUGGUCAAGGUCAAAGACGACAACAGCUUCGACGAGGAGGUGGCGCCGGUGCAAGACCCCGUCAGCGCCCACGCCAUGCUGCUGAACGAGCAGAAUCGCCUUGCCAUCGACCCGGGCUGGUGCUAUGGGCGCCAAGGUCCGUUGUAUCUGGUGACCUGCGCGGUGAACAGCUCCUUGUACGAGGAUGGCUUCGACCGCUUCAAGCCAGGACAGCAGGCCGCACCCCCGCCCUUCAACGACCGCUGCGUGGCGGUGACGGGGCGCUGCGCCUACGCGUGCCAGUCCGAGCAGGUUCCCAUGGCGAACUGCACUGCGGAGGGCCUCAUCGAGCCGGCGACGCUGGUGGGCUACGUCGGCUUUGAGAAGAACCAGUCCCCACCGGUUUGGCUCUUCUGCUACGUGCUUCUUAUCGGCUUCGGUGUGAAGGCAGUCAUGCUUUGCCCUGGUGUCUUUUCCCCAUACACCCACUUCCGGCGCUAUGAUCCGGAGCUCACCUCCAACCUGCGGUACAUCACGGUGACCAUUCCCAGCGCCGGCGAGAACAAGUGCACGGUGCUGCGGAACGUGAUCGGCGCCAUUGGGUGCAUGCCCAAGGAUUGCCGGUGCCGCUACCACGUGACCUUUGUGGACGAGGGCCACCGAGCCGAGCAGAAGGUCACCUUCAUGAAGCUAGCGGCGGCCAUCGAUAAGAUCCCCAACUUCGGGGGGAACUCCUACGAGGACAACGUGCGCCGCUUCUUCCACCAGUGGGUGGACGACACCAAGAAGAUGGACCUGGCCAAGGUCAAAGAUGGCCACGCAGGGGAUGUGGAACCGGAGGUCAUGCUGCGAAUGUGCGGCAAGAGCUCCUUGCGGCGCCUGCGAAAGGAGGGCGGCUGGAGCAGCAUGCCGGAGAAGGUCAUGGCAGAGCUGGAGGCGGCGUUGGAUAAGUUGGAGGAGGACUUGAAGAGUCAAAAGAAGGAGAAGAAGGACCUGCACCUGGACGAUGUGGCAGACUGGGAGCCCAAGGACCGCAACAGCCUGGCGCUGCGCUUGCACUACCUGGCCCGUGCCAAGCCCAUGGAGGACGAGCGCACCAUCAAGGCCCAGCACGUGGCACCUGGAACGUGGUACUACAAGGUGCCCCAGAAUGCGGAGAACAAGGACUGGCUGAGGCUUCGCACCAACGCCCGGGAGAUGGUCUACGGCCUGGAGGACGACGACGCCUUCAUGAACAACGUGCCGCUCAGGACCAGCCGCGGUAAGGCGGGUGGCCUGAACUUUGCAGAGAACUACCUGUGCCUCUACGCGGACAAACCGGAGAACAUGUACAACGAUGAGCGGGACAACUACCCUUGCCUCUACAGCAUUUGCGAUGCCCGGCAUCAGUUCCAGACUGAUUUCUUCCACUCCACCAUCCCGUACUUCUUUGAUGAAGAAAUGGAGCUGAACCCUUACGUGGGUUUCACACAGUGCCCGCAGUUUUUCCACGAGAUGCAGGACAAGUUGGACUACUUGGACAACAACAACGCCCAAUUCUUCCGCUUGAAUUGCAUGAUUCGAAACUGCUGUGGCGGUGUCAGCUCCUGCGGGACAAACGGCACCUGGAUGAUCAGGCACCCUCCAGGUGACUUGGUCUGGGAGAAGGAGCGCCGGCGCGUGCGGGAUGCGGACAGCAAGCGCAAGAGUCAGGAGUACGUGGAGCGAAGGACCUUCCACGAGAGUUGCAAGGUGGAGGACACGGCGAGCAGUCUUCAGCAGGUGCUCCGAGGCCGUCGGUCUCAGUUCAUCAACCGCCGCUUGUCCUUUGGAAUGGCCAAGAACCCAGUGGACUACCUGGCUGCCGUGCAGCGAUGGGCUGAGGGAGGUGUGGUGCUGUCUAUGCAGACCUUCUUCAGCUGCCACAAGGGUGUCUACAUGGUUUGGUUCACCUUGAUCUUCUUCUUUUGCUUCUUGGCCUCCCUCUACCACAUGAUCAACAAGACGGACGCAACUUGGGACUUGGUGAAGUGGGGCAUCGUGCCGGAGAGCUGGUACAGCGCCAUCAUGGACCCCUUCGUGGAUUGGCUGAAAAGCCUGGCCUUGAUCGCCAACUCCGAGCAUUUCAAGCAGCACCCCGAGCUCCUGGAGACGUAUGUGAACAUGACGCUGCAGUUCAUCGGCUGGGUGGCCAGCCUGGUGCUGUUCAUCUUCUUCAUCUUCGUGUGCACGGAGGUCCUGAAGUUUCUUGGCCGUGCCAGUGAUGAUCCAAGAGUGUGCAACUUCUUUUGGAGCUGGUACUCGUUUUGA